AUGAUGUACGACCGAAAUUCGCAACGGAACGCGCCUCAACGACCUUAUGUGAGGUUUGCACAAUCACAACAAUCGUACAUAUUAUUAUUAUUAUUAUUAUUAUUAUUAUUAUUAUUAUUAUUAUUAUUAUUAUUAUUAUUAUUAUUAUUAUUAUUAUUAUUAUUAUUAUUAUUAUUACUAUUAUUAUUAUUAUUAUUAUUAUUAUUAAUACUAUUACUAUUAUCAUUAUCCUAG